AAGGGUGUUUCGAGCAAGAAAACAGCCCCAACCCUGCACUUGUCCAGCUUCCUGCUUGCAUGGAGGAAAGCCACUUCUUCAGGGGCUUUGGUACCUUGGAAAAUCAAGAACCAUUCUUUCCACCUUGUAGUUUUAUAAACCAGUCAACGUAUGAUAAGAGUGAAUCAAGUAGCCUAAUGGAUUUUGAUUUUGAAAAUCAAAAUCUAGUAAAGGAAUUCGAUAUAUCAGCCUUCGGUGAAGGUGUAUGGAGUAAUACCACAGCAACUCCUCCGGAUUUUGGAAAUCAAAAUCCUUGUAAGAAGACUGAUACGUCAACCUUUGAAGAAGGUUAUUCGAGUUACUUUAACUCCUCUUCAGAUAAUAAUCUAGCUGAUGUGGCGCUUCCAGAGCAGGUAAGGUCUGGAAUACAAGCAGGGAUAGAAGGGUGUUUCGAGCAAGAAAACAGCCCCAACCCUGCACUUGUCCAGCUUCCUGCUUGCAUGGAGGAAAGCCACUUCUUCAGGGGCUUUGGUACCUUGGAAAAUCAAGAACCAUUCUUUCCACCUCGUAGUUUUAUAAACCAGUCAACGUAUGAUAAGAGUGAAUCAAGUAGCCUAAUGAAUUUUGGUUUUGGAAAUCAAAAUCCAGUGAAGGAAUUCGAAAUAUCAGCCUUCGGUGAAGGUGUAUGGAGUAAUACCACAGCAACUCCUCCGGAUUUUGGAAAUCAAAAUCCUUGUAAGAAGACUGAUACGUCAACCAUUGAAGAAGGUUAUUCGAGUUACUUUAACUCCUCUUCUUCAGAUAAUGAUCUAGCUGAUGUGGCGCUUCCAGAGCAGGUAAGCCCUGGACUACAAGCAGAGAUAGAAGGGUGUUUCGAGCAAGAAAACAGCCCCAACCCUGCACUCGUCCAGCUUCCUUCUGUGGGGUUCGAGUAGCAAACCCAAAGCUUGUUCCUACUUUUCAUGGGCUUUAGUACCUUGGUACCUAAUUGAAAAGAUAUGUUAUCUGGUUCCUAUCUGCUAUUUAACAACAAAACUAUCCAUACGAAAUAAUCGAUGGAGUUUAUUAUAAAUGGUUUAAGAGGGCAGCUACUGAUGCUCCUCCAAUCUGAUAAUGAGGGUAACUUUUGUCGCCCUAGUUGUUUGGAUCAUUGCACGGUUGCUGAUCUGCACAUUUUACUUACUUUAUGGUGGACGCUGCUUAGUUCGACUUCGUCCAGUCCAUGCAGCUUUAAGCUGCAAUCCUCUAAAAUAUAGCCUGCGCUGUCCCAAAUCUGCAGCUGUAUUCGUAGAAAGAUUUGGGUACUAGUAGCGGAAAACACGAGUUGUUCUCUGCGAUCCUGAUGCAACUGCUAUCCGUCAAGUACUAAGAUAUUAAAUGGGAAGUACUAUUCAAGCCGUACGCACGUAUGUAUAGUUGCUUAUUGUUGUAUUGUAUGAAGGUGGGAUUGUGUCAAGAGCAAACAGCUCUUAUAGACUAUGUAUCUACGUGUCAGUGUGCUUCAAAGAUGUUGAACAAAAGUACUUAUGUUUAAUUAAUAUGUUCAACUUCAAGUUCUCUUUUCUUA